GACGCUGCGGCUGCUGAAGGAACUGCAGCUGAAAAACCUCCAGGUCCUGCUGACAUUUUAUACCCAGACACAGAGGCUCUAAAACGAUCAAUUUGAUCGGUAAAAUGCCGGGGAUGAUGGAUAAAGGCUCGGAGUAUUUGGGGAAAGGUCGAUCAAACGGCACCAAGAGUCCAUCCAACGCUUCUAAUGGACAUUUUUCUGACGAAAGUGGCAGCGACGACGAACACGAUGUGGGGAUGCGGGUUGGAGCAGACUAUCAGGCCAACAUUCCCGAGUUUGAGCCCGGUUCCACUAAGUACACGGAUAAAGACAGCGGGGGGAUGCUAGUUUGGUCUCCAUAUCACAACAUCAUCGACUCAAAAUUGGACGAAUACAUCGCUUUAGCUAAAGAGAAACAUGGAUACAACGUGGAGCAGGCGCUCGGCAUGCUCUUCUGGCACAAACACAACAUAGAGAAGUCUCUGGCCGACCUGCCCAACUUCACCCCGUUUCCAGACGAGUGGACGGUGGAGGACAAGGUUCUGUUCGAGCAGGCCUUCAGCUUCCACGGGAAGAGCUUCCACCGCAUCCAGCAGAUGUUACCGGAUAAGUCCAUCUCCAGUCUGGUGAAGUAUUACUACUCGUGGAAGAAGACUCGCUCCAGAACCAGUCUGAUGGACCGGCAGGCGCGGAAACUGGCCAACCGGAGCAACCAGGACGACAGUGAGGAGGAGAUGGAGGAGGCCGCUCCCAUCGAAGCCCACGACAGCGACUACGACCCCAACAAGGAAGCCAAGAAAGAGAACCAGGUGGAGCCGGUGGUCCCGGGCUCUAAGGUGGCGUUGGUUCGGCGGGAGCACCAGACGCUGCAGCACCGACACCACCAGCGCUCCCGCUGCCGCCCCCCCAAAGGCAUGUACCUGACCCAGGAGGACGUGGGGGCCGUGUCCUGCAGCGCCUCCGCAGCAAACACCCUGCUCCGACAGCUGGACAUGGAGCUGGUGUCCCUCAAGAGACAGGUGCAGAACGCCAAACAGAUGAACAGCGGCAUGAAACACAGUUUGGAGACUGGGAUUGAAGAUUUCAAAAUGGCUGAGGGCAACCAGAAGGUAAACGCUCGCUGGACCACAGACGAGCAGCUGCUGGCUGUUCAAGGUGUGAGGAAAUAUGGGAAAGACUUCCAGGCCAUCGCUGACGUCAUCGGUAACAAGACGGUGGGCCAGGUGAAGAACUUCUUCGUGAACUACCGGCGGCGGUUCAACCUGGACGAGGUGCUUCAGGAGUGGGAGGCGGAGCAGGGAACGCACACUCCCAACGGAGACAGCGCCACCUCUGGAGAGGAGGGGAAGACCAGCUCCACCCCGCCGUCAGGGAAGAGCACCGACGAAGAAGACGAAGAGGGUCAGGUGACCUCCUCAGGUGCAUCUCCUGCUGCCUCCUCUUCCUCCUCGGCUCAGAUUCCCGUGACGUCCUCCUCCUCCUCUUCCUCCCUCCACCAGCCUCCUCCCCUCCUCAGGCCCUCUCUCCCCGCUACACCCUCCCUGCACCGCCAGCCUCCGCCCCUCCAACAACAGGCUCGAUUCCUGCAGCCUCGUCCGACCCUCCAGCAGCCGCCGCCUCUAAUCCGCCCGUCCAACCCUCUUCCUCCUCGUCUAAACCCUCGACCUCCAGCUCCCAUGAGCCUCGGCGGUAUUAACCCCGGCGGGUCGGGUCCAAGCUCCGCCCAGCAGCCCCCAGGCCUGGCCGUCCACCAAUCAGAGGCCUCAUCUUCCUCCCUCCACUGACAGUUUAACAGCUACAGGCGACUGUGUGUGAAUGUGUGUGAAUGCUAGAUUCCUUGAGCGGCAAAACAAGUUGAUGAAUUAAUGACUUGUAGUUUGUAAAGCGCUUUGAGGGGUCGUACAGACUGGAUAAAGCGCUAUACAGUCCGUUUAGCAUAUUUGUUAAAGACACUGAGGAAAGCAAAUGUUAAAUCUGAAGCUGCUGCUUUCAGGGUCCCGUGGGAAAUCUUGAGUCUUCAGAACAAUGAGAGAUUUCUUUCAGGCUUCUGAUUUCCUUUUUUGUUUACUUGUAAAGGUAACACAUUAACUAAGGGUGUUACAGUUCUCAAACCUCGAUUUUCGAACCACGUAUAUAUGUUCAUACCUCGUGCUUUCUUUUUUAUGUGCGUGUUCUUUAGGUGAUGUGGAUAGAGAUAGUAUUCUGGGUUUUACUAAAUCAUCUUCAAGAUCACCUUAAAAAAACGUAGGAAUAUAUAUAUAUAUAUAUAUAUAUAUAUAUAUAUAUAUAUAAUCUUAAAUAGAUAAUGAAGACCAUAACAAUUGUUAUGAAUAUACUAUUAGUUAAAGGUGGGGUAUGUAAUUUAUUUCAGAAACACUUUUUGUUAUAUUCCAUGGAAUGCUCUUAACAUCCCGAUAGCAAUGAAUAUAUUAAAUGCUUUGACAAUAAAUACAUAAAAUAUUUUAUCAGUGGAAGCCGUAGCGCUGUAAAAAGCACGACC